GCCGCAGGCUGAGCGUGCCACACGACCGCGUUUGUCUCUGUGCGACAUGAGCCAUCUCAAACUUCCACACCCUUCGCCCCGUUUCCUCUUUCCUUCACCACCCCUCCAAUCUUGACGCCUCCACCACUGGCGCCUCAUCUUCCCCAUUUUGUUCAUUCCAUCCUCACCACAAGGCUGUAACAAGCUACCUUCCACCCCUGGCCUCUCACCCCGCCGAUCUUUGGGUCGUGACGGGGCAGCAGACACUGGCAGACCCUGGACUGCCACCCGCACGAUCGCUCCAUCACCCGCAACAAUGGCUAAGCUGACCGACAUUCCGGAGGAACUCGUCUCCAACAUUGCCGCCCGGCUUUAUGCCGACGACAACGCCGCCUUUCGCCUGACAUGCCGUACGCUGGAGAAGAAAAGCUUCCACGAAUUCGGCAGAGAGUACUUCUCCCAGAAGGCCUUCGUGAUCACCACCGACAGCCUCAAAGUCCUGCAGGCCAUCUCUCGCAGCGAGCGACUCAACAGCUUCUUGCACCACGUCCAUUUCAUCCCCGCCCUGUUCUCUCAGCGUGCCACAGACUGCUGCCACGGGGCCAGUUGUGUGUGGCAGGCGAGCGUCAAGCAGAAGGAAGCCUAUCGAGACUAUAUCGAAGACCAAAAGACCCUCGUCAAGACCAAACAGGACAAGAAGAUGAUCAUGGACGCGUUCGCUAAGCUCUCCAACCUCGUCGCCGUCUCACUCAUCGACUUACCCACCGCCAUCCCUGCCGACAUCGACCUACGCGGCCGCAACAAAGUCCAACGCGUGACUGGCCGUGAUGCUUCCCUCAAGCCCAUCGGUAGCUUUGACAGGGAGUUCAGCACCUUCUUCCGGCACGUCUGGACCAUCACCCUCCAGGCACUCUCCAAAUCCCCGGCCGUCCGCGAGCUUCAUACAAAUCUCAUUCGUCAUGGCGGCUACCUACCCAUCGAAUGGCUCAACCCCAAGAAAUUCACGCACUCCACCAAAGCGCUCAACAGCCUGCACGCCGUCUCCCUCAACCUCGGCUGUCCGGACGAAGAAGAUUACAACGAGGGUGAGUUUCUGUUGAGCCCUGCGUUCCGUCGCCAGCUUGUCAUGGUCAGCAAGUUCGCAUUGCUCCUCACCUCUUUGACGAGCCUGGUUCUCAAAUUCGACUCCCCCUUCCCCGCACACAGUGGCGUUCAAUACCUCACGUUCACCAAGGGUCUUGACAUGUCCAAGCUUACCAAGUUGUCGGUGGAUGGCAUGCACAUCGGCGCCAAGCAGCUGGCGGCCUCGUUCGUCCGACUGUCAUCCGUCAAAGACCUGCGGCUGACCUACGUCGCCCUCGACAAAGGUACGUGGGUGCCGGUGCUGAAGUCAAUCACGACCCUGCUCGAGCACCUCGAGCAUCUACACCUCAUGUACCUCAUGGAGGGAUCACGCAAGGUGUAUCUGCUCAAGAGAAAGGAGAAAGAGGCACCACCGUAUCCGUUUGAUGAUUGGCUGGACGGAGACUUCGUCUUCCCUCCCGGAGAAGCGUACGAGACGGACGAUGAUAUGCCUGGCCUGGCCCCGGGCGACACUUCUGGCUGCUCCGAGCACGAUCAUUCCAGUCAUGUCGACGCACCCUCCGACGGCAUGACACCCUCAGCAGACGCGAGCAAGGCCCACAAUUCCACAAAUGCACUUGCUAAAGCGGCCCCUGCCUGCAAAGCCCGUUCUAAUCCCUUCUAUCUCGGCGACAGCGACCCCGACACCGGUGGACGUGGGUUUUAUGUUUGCGUUCAAGGCAAAGAGAUUACCGAGCAGCUCCCAAUCUUCAUGGAAGAGUACAACACCUUUCCUGACGACAACGAUCUACUGAAGGCCGGCACCGACUCGAAUUACAAUGCAUUCCUCAACAUACUCACCAGUGCUUUCGGGGGUCCUCCCGCCGGCUUCACGGGCGGUACUGCAGGCUUGGUUGGCCCCAACACUGCCCAGCUUGGUGUCGACGGCACCACAGUCCCCAUCUUGGUCGGUGUUUCACCGCCCACCGUCGCCAAUCCUGGCCAGACCGCACACACUGCUACGGCCUCCUCCAAUGUCAGUGGCGCUCAGUUCGAUGCUGUGGCUGCCGGCUUCCCCCAGUUGAACAUCACUUCACUCCCUGCCGCCCCUGCACAGCCUGGGGUUCCCGAGUGGUUUACCGAGGAGGAAGAGCCGGAGGGCUGGCACUAGUCUGAGGGCGCAUGCUCGGCACUCAUCGCGUGGACGAGAAACGGAGAGUACGGUGGCGGAGGUAACGGAGGUGACGAGACCGAUAUGACAUUAACGCAUGAUGUCCCUCGACGAAAAGCAUACUACGGUAGCAUGUGAUUUUUGGGACUUUGUCUUCUCUCGCGAACAGCGUUGCAGCGCUUCACCCUACGGGUAGCUUUAGCAGGGUGUUAACGGUAGCUUCACAGGAAUGGCUUAUC